AGCCCGAGGGCGGGGCGACCUCGUAGGGAAGCCUGGCUGCCCUAGGGAGUUUGGGUGCCUUUGCGCGCCAUCAAGGAGAGGCUGCGGUAGGGUCAGGGCGCGGAUGCUGGAAGUUCACAUUCCCUCGGUGGGGCCCGAGGCCGAAGAGCCCAGGCAGAGUCCAGAGAAAGGCCACAUGGUGUUCCAAGUGGAGGUGCUGUACAGUGGACGCAGACACACCGUGCCGAGGCGCUACAGCGAGUUCCACGCUCUACACAAGCGGAUCAAGAAACGGUACAAAGUGCCUGACUUUCCCUCAAAACGCCUGCCCAACUGGAGGACCAGAGGACUGGAACAGCGCCGGCAGGGCUUGGAGACCUAUAUCCAGGGUAUCCUAUACCUGAAUCAGGAUGUGCCCAAGGAGCUAUUGGAAUUCCUGAGACUUAGACACUUCCCCACAGACUCCAAGGCCAGCAGCUGGAGCACCCUGAGGGAAUUCCUGCCUAGCGACACCAGCUCACAGCUGCACCACAGACCCGUCAUUGGCUUCUGUAUGGACCCCUACAUUUACAGUCCUUCCCCAGCACCUCUCCCGGAAGUGGUGGUGGAUGGUGUACUCCAGGGCCUCUAUGGCUUCAGCACUAGCCCAGCCGAAGGCUAACCGUCAUCCUGCUCCAUCGCCAAUGUCCUGACUAGCCCAGUCUUUGGGUCACUUGUCAGGACAGUUAUGUGCCUCAGUCCUAGGAGUUCCACAUAAGAAACUGGGUCUUCCCUUGGACUGGCCUCAGGGUGUAACUAACUGAGGCUCAGGUGUGCCCAACCCCACUCAAGGCUCUGAGCUCGGCUUGCCCUGCCAGCUGCAGUUGGUAGACCUCAAGACUCUUCCAAGUCAAGAUAAAGAAAAAAGCAUCAAGUCAUUCCAGACACAGGCUGAGAAGAUUCAGGUGUAUUUCCUAGCCCAGCCUGGCAGGUGGCAGAAGCUACGAUGAGGCUCAGUAGCUGGCUAGCCUGUUGGGUACCACCUAGGCACAUGCUUAGGCAGGAGCCCAAGGAAGGGGCAUGCAUCUAUCGCCACGUAAGAGUCCUGGACAUGCUGGGAUGUACACUUGGGACAGGUGCUACAGACACAGCCCACGCCUAAGUUAUAAAAAAAAA